AUGGCGGUGAUCCAGCAAGCCUUGCACCGACAACCGAACACAGCCGCACAAUACCUGCAACAGAUGUACGCAGCCCAGCAACAGCACUUGAUGCUCCAGACGGCCGCCCUCCAGCAGCAGCACCUGGGCAACAGCCAGCUGCAGAACCUGGCGGCCAUCCAACAGGCCAGCUUGGCAGCCAACCGGCAGGGCGUCUCCCCCUCCUCCAACGGGGCCACGCAGACCCCCACCCAGCAGCCCACGAUCAACCUGGCCACCUCCCCUGCGGCGGCCCAGCUCAUCAACCGGGCGCAGAGUGCGAAUUCUGCAGCCGCCACCGCCUCGGGCAUCGCCCAGCAAGCUGUGAUUCUGGGCAACACCAGCAGCCCCGCCCUGAGUGCCAGCCAGGCGCAGAUGUACCUCCGGGCGCAGAUGCUCAUCUUCACCCCCACCGUCGCCGCCGUCCAGCCCGAGGGGACCAGCAGCAGCGGCAUGCAGCCCCCCACCACCACCGCACCUCAGGUGCAGAGUCCCGCUCUCCGGACGCAGCAGGCGGUGAGCCAGGCGCUGAGCUCCCCUGUGGGUCAGGCGCUGGCGCCCCCCGCCGCCCCCGUGGCGAUCAAGCCCGCUCUGAAUAACGGCAGCCAUUCCUCCUCGUUCGCCUCCUCCUCCUCCUCCUCCUCUCCCUCCCCCGUGGCGGCUCAGGCGAAGGGCGCCAAGGAAGGCGGGCAGGAGCUCCUCUCCGAGCCGCUGAGGAAAGGGGAAGCGGGCGGGGCAGGCGGCGGCAGCGGCGGUGGCAACGGGACAGAGGCCGCCUUGGACGGACGAGGCAGCAGCGCCCCCAACCGGACAGGCCCUCCCGCCACCCCCCACCCACUGAUUGCCCCAGACUCAGAAAAUUCCUUUGUCCGCCCCACAGUGGGGCAAAAGCCGGCCGUGAUGUGGGGAGAAUCCACCUUCUGGCCCCCCUUAGCCGACCUCUCAGUCUAA